GGAAAAGUGGGCGGGCCCCCGCCGUCCAGUCAGGUGCGCAGUUCCUCCGGCGGAGAAUACUGACGGAGGCGGCCGGGGCCGAGGCCGCGGUGGCGGCGGCAGCCUCUCCUUCCUCCUCCUCCUCCUUCCCUGCGCUCUCCUGGGCGGAGAAAUGGGGCGGAAGGGGCCCCUGCGGCGCUGAGGGGGAGGAGGAGGAAGAAGGAGAAGAAGGAACGAGGAACCGGACGGAAGGGCGGGGCCCGAGCGGAAGGGGCGGGGCGCAGGCGUAUGAUGAUUCUGCCCUCCUGUCGCUGAUGCCUGCAUCUCCGUGGUCGCCAUGACAACGGGCGACUGCUGCCAUCUCCCCGGCUCGCUGUGCGACUGCCCCGGUGGCGCCGCCUUGUCCAAGUCGGUGGAAGAGGCUGACCUCGGCCGCCCCCAGUAUGUCACCCAAGUGACGGCCAAGGACGGGCGCCUGCUUUCCACAGUCAUCAAGGCCUUGGGGACCCAGAGCGAUGGGCCCAUCUGCCGGAUCUGCCACGAGGGGGGCAGUGGUGAGACCCUGCUGUCCCCCUGCGACUGCACUGGCACUUUGGGAGCUGUCCACAAGAGCUGCCUGGAGAAAUGGCUCUCCUCCUCCAACACCAGCUACUGCGAGCUCUGCCACACCGAGUUCGUUGUAGAGCGGCGGCCCCGGCCAUUGACAGAGUGGCUGAAGGACCCGGGGCCGCGCAACGAGAAGCGAACGCUCUUUUGCGACAUGGUGUGUUUCCUGUUCAUUACGCCGUUGGCCGCCAUUUCCGGCUGGCUCUGCCUUCGCGGUGCCCAAGACCACCUGCAAUUCAAUAGCCGCUUGGAGGCCAUCGGCCUGAUCGCCCUGACCAUAGCACUUUUCACAAUCUAUGUCCUCUGGACGCUGGUUUCAUUCCGCUACCAUUGCCAGCUGUAUUCAGAGUGGCGAAGGACCAAUCAGAAAGUCCGCCUGAUGAUCCCAGACUCAAGGCACCCUCCGCACCCCGUCCCGCACUCCCUACUCUCUGCCAAGCUGCUCAAGAAGAAGGCUGAUGAGACGACAGUAUGAGCUGGGACGGGGCAUCCUCCUCUUACAUGGCGGCAUGUGGCAGAAAUAGCACUUUCCUCAGCGGCGGCAAAAGCUGUGGCUGCGGCAACCAAGACUGAACAAUCAACUCGGCUGGAGGGGAGCUCACCGCCUGCUCCUCCUGUUAGGCCAGAUCCCAGAGAGACAACCAAGCUCCGGGUGCGUGCAAUGAUUGUGGGUGGCAGCCACCUGCCAAAGAGCGUCCGUUGGCCAGGCUCCAUCCUCCAGGCGAAACGCAGCGAGGGGAAGGAAAGCCCCUGCCUCUCUCCCCCUAUAUCCAUAUAUCUAUCUUAUAUUAUCAUAAUUAUUGUUGUAAUUAUAAUUUUAUUCCUGUUCUCCAUUUUCACCCUGGUUAGUUUCUUCCCUUCAAUGUCCCUGCCAGGCAGUCUGUGCCAGGGCUGUUGUCCUCUUGGCCACUUUCCACUUGGUGGAGCUGCUGCUGGGAAGUCCCCCCCCAACUCCUGCCUCAUGCCACGCGGCGUGGCUUCCAGAUCGUGCGCCUUCUCCCUCUUCUCCAGUGAUUUCACUGUGGGCACUGGGGAGAGCUGUGGGGCUGUGGCACGGAGUUGGGGCACCCCUGCUAGAAAUCCUGUAAAACAGUUGAGGCAAGUUAAAAAAAACCAACAACCACCACAAAAUCACUGUGACCUUGUGACAUCUGAAAGGAGUUUGCAGAUCUGCCUGCUGUCUGUUCUCAUUCUGGGAAUGAAUUGGUGCUCUUACGAAGAAUUGGAGGGGGAAGAGUUUGCUCCUCUUUUGCACCCCAGCCCCUCCCACAUGUGUCCCUGUGCCCUUUCCCUGUUUUUGCACUACAUAGAUUUUGGGAAUGGGGGGGAGGGAGGAGGCUGGGGGGGAUUCCGUUUCCUUCCCCUCCUGUUCCCCCCCCCUCUUGUUUUGUCAGUGAUGUUGCUUUCCCCGAUGUAGAGGAUUCUGUGCAUUUGAGAAUGGAUUGACAUAUAACCGUUGUCCCAGGAGGAGUAAAACAAAGAGACAACAAAGAACUCCCAAAUGUUGAACUGGAGGUUUGUUUUCUUAAGAAUAAAUAAAUGCUGUAACCACCUGGUA